GUAUUUUUCAAGACACAGCUAAAGAAAGUACGCAAUCAGUUUACAGGAUUACAGAGCUUCAUGGUCGUCUACACCUGCUGUAUGGAAACUGGAGUAUUUUGAAAUGAAGCUUUACACCUACACGUUAUUUCUCAUAUAUCUUACAACUGUUAAUGCAGGUAAAGGUUCCCACUCUCUGUGGGCGUUAGCGUCACACAUACUUGGAGAGACAGAGUUUCCUGAAUUCUGUGUUUUGUGGAUGCUGGAUGAUAUUCAGGUGGGAUACUAUGACUCCAAUUCCUGGAGAUUUAUCUCUAGGACCGAUGGGAACACAGAUGAGUACGAAGGAGUAGCUCAGGGUGUGUCUUGGGACAUGUACCUCAGCAUGAGGAAGCGGUCGUCCCUCUUACAGCACCGCUUUAACUCCACAACAGGAUUAUUUGUUCAUCAGAGACUUGUUGGUUGUGAAUUGAUGGGCAAUGAAAAGCAAGGCCAACUCAUGAUAAAGGAAGCGUUCAAUGGAGUUGAUGGAGGUGUUCUCAAUUUCAACAAACUGCAGUACAAUUACCAUCCUAAGUGGCCAGAACUUGAGUUUAAUCAACAAAGGACACAUUACGUUCAAAUGGGUCUUGACAAGGUUUAUCUCCCUAUUUGCAUUAAAUCAUUAAAGGACUACCUGAAGAAAGAGGAGAAACUUGUCAUGAGAAAAGUGCAUCCUAGAGUAAGACUCAUUUCAAAAGAAAGCACAGAUUCUGAAGGGUCCAAGAUCACCUGCCUGGCCUUUGGUUUCUACCCCCGCCACAUCAACCUCACCCUGCUGAGAGACGGCCAGCCUGUGGCAGAGCAUGAGCUCACAGGGGGGCAAUCGCUGCCAAAUGGAGACAGGACGUACCAGCUGAGAAAGAGUCUGACAAUCAGUGUCCAGGAGCUGAGAGAGAGACACCACUACACCUGCACUGCCACUCACCUCAGUAUGGACAACAAGCUUGAUGUCAGUUGGGAUCCUGAUACUGGCCCAGAUAGCGCCUUCAUCCUUCCAGUUGUCCUGGUGAUGGCAGUUGUGUUAAUUCUGAUUGGGGGCCUUGUUUUUGGCAUGUGGAAGUGGAAACACACAGGCUUUCCUCCAUUUUCUGGACAUAUAUACUCUGCUGCCAAAGAUACUGAGACAGAACAGAUCAACUAAUCUUUAGAGACAGAAUCAACAGAUUAUUGAUACUACUGUACUCAUACCAUUUCUGCUGAAGAUGAAAGGAAGUGGAUGAUGGUCACCUAUUUCAAAAGUGAAAUGAACAAAUCCAGAACUAAUCAACAAGCAAGCUUUGCACUCCAGUGAUGUCCAGGGUAACUCACUAAUAUGGUUAAUGGCACAGAGAUAGCCUGAACUGUGUAGCUGAAUGUUAUACAGUAUGAUUUCAUCAACAUACAAGUUUUUAUAUUUUUUUUAUUUUACCUUUAUUUAAACUGGGUCUCUUUUACAUGGGAGCUCUGCAUAUACAAUUUCAUAAGACAAAUCAAAUACAAUAUAAAACAAGUAAGUCCAUCCAUUGUAUUGCACCAUGCACUUUCAAAUGAGGACUGUAGGAAUCAUUAAAAGUCUGAUAUCUGUAACUGUAGACUAUUACCUGUAGUGUAUUGCCAGUCUUGCCAUGUCUGGCAAUUAUCGAAAAAUGACCACAAUGGAAAUAAGUCCAAUGAGAAAUAAUAUAUAAUUUUAUUGUGUUAUAUUUUAUACUGUAAAAUGUAAAUAAUAGUACAUGUACUAGCUGUAUAAUAUGUAUUUCUUAAAUUGUCAA